GGCGGGUUUCUACGUCAUUUCCUUUGAAAAUAAAACAAAUGGUUAAUUUAUGCUAACGCUAGCAUCACUGCUUUGCGGUUAAUUGGUCCACAGACUGAUUUUAUUCAGGUUGAACGGAUCAUACGCUUCAACGGAAAGAACUCUGCAACCGUCAUGGAGACCCCCAGCAAACCUGGCUCCAACCAGGUUGCUGAUGUGGUGUUUGUUAUCGAAGGGACGGCUAACCUGGGACCCUACUUUGAGUCUUUAAGGAAAAACUACAUUCUUCCAGCUAUUGAAUAUUUCAAUGGAGGCCCCCCUGCAGAAACAGAUUUUGGUGGAGAUUACGGAGGGACGCAGUACGGUUUGGUCGUCUUCAACACAGUGGACUGUGCUCCUGAAUCCUAUGCCCAGUGCCACGCACCGACCAGCUCUGCUUUUGAGUUUGUGUCGUGGAUCGACAGCAUCCAGUUUAGGGGGGGAGGAGCUGAGAGCUGCAGCCUGAUUGCAGAAGGACUUGCUGUGGCCUUGCAGCUUUUUGACGACUUCAAAAAGAUGAGAGAACAAAUAGGUCAAACACACAAGGUGUGUGUGCUGUUGUGUAAUUCUCCUCCCUAUUUGCUCCCUGCUGUGGAGAGUGUCAGCUACACUGGCAUCACAGCGGAUAAACUUGUCCAGAUCAUUAGAGAUAGGGGAAUUAACUUCUCGGUGGUGGCUCCUCGAAAACUCCCGGCUCUGAGGGCUUUGUUUGAAUGGGCAUCUCCAGGGGCGGUGGAACCUCAUCCAGACUACAGCCAGGAUCCUUUCCACAUGGUGCUGGUCAGAGGCAUCUCACUGCCUGUUUCCGCAGGCGGAGGACCACCUCACAAACCAGUCCUGCCUCCUCAGCCGCUGCCUGGCAGCCAGUCUGUCGUUGGAGCCUCCCAGCCCCCCCCACCCAUUAACCCCACACACCCUUAUCAGAAUCCGGCCCCCAUGACUCCUGCUCAGGUGGCUGCACAGAUGGCCGUGGAUGCAGCCAACAACCAGAAGAAUCGCUUAGGGCUCCCUCCAGUUACAGGGAUGGCCGGUGCAGGCGGGCCUCCCUUUUCGAACCCGCCGCCCAUCUCUUCGGUCACUGGGUUGAAGCACCCCCCACCCAACAGCCAGCCAAUGAUGCCGCAGCAGGUCCCUACCAAUCCACAGCAGCCUGUGCCAACCCCAGGACAGCCGGCGGCCAAUCAGCAGGCACAGCAGCAGUCGCAGCCCACAGCGAAUCAGCCCACGCCACAGUCAGCACAGCCCAUCGCGGGUGUUCCUGGAAGUCAAGGUAAUGCAAACAACAUUGGACAGCCUCAAGGGGUGGCCAAUAAAGUUGUGGCCUGGAGCGGCGUUCUGGAGUGGCAAGAGAAGCCCAAAGCUUCGUCUAUGGAUUCAACCAAACUGACACGUUCUCUGCCGUGCCAAGUUCACGUCAACCAAGGAGAAAAUCUCAACACAGACCAGUGGCCCCAGAAGCUCAUCAUGCAGCUGAUCCCACAGCAGUUACUGACGACUUUAGGUCACCUGUUCAGAAACUCUCGAAUGGUUCAGUUUCUCUUCACCAACAAAGACAUGGAGUCCCUGAGGGGCCUGUAUCGAAUCAUGGCCAAUGGUUUUGCAGGCUGUGUGCACUUUCCUCACACAACCUCUCCGUGUGAGGUGCGGGUGCUGAUGCUGCUGUACUCCUCUAAGAAGAAGAUCUUCAUGGGCCUCAUCCCCAACGACCAGAGCGGCUUCGUCAACGGCAUCCGGCAAGUGAUCACCAACCACAAGCAGGUCCAGCAGCACAGAGCGCAGUUAGGUGGAGCAGGGGUUCAAAUGCAGCCCAAUCAAGUCCCUCCCAACCAGAAUUUUCUGAACCGGCCCCCUGGUCCCAUUCCGGUUUCCCACAACAACGUCCCGCAGUCUGUGGUGGUGGGCAUGCCCCCCGUUAGUCAGGUCUCUAUAAUGGAGGAGCAGCAAAGGCCGGGCAGCAUGAUGACAAUGAGAGCAACGGGACCGACCAAUCAGCAGCCAGCGGUCAGUGGAGCUCCACCCAAUCAGGUUGCACAAGGCGGGCAGGCCCAACAACAGGGAUCAAUACUCCGUCUCCCGAAUCCAGGAGCCAAUCCGCAGCUUCGGAGUCUUCUACUUAGUCAACAGCAGCCGCAGGGCGCGGUGUCUCACAUGCCAAACAUGAUGUCCCACCAAGCUCUGGGACAGCAAAUGGUCCAUCCUACACCAGGAGGAGGGGCUCAAAUGCAAGGCCAGUGGAGGCAGCCCAUGACAGGUCAGAUGCUAAUGUCUGGAGGUCAGCGAGGACCCAUACCCCAGCCCGGCAUGCCCCAGGUCCCCAGCAUCACAGAUGAAGACGUCAUCAGGGAUCUUCUCUAAAGGACUAGGAACCAAAACAGACUCUGGAACCUUUGUCUUUAUUUGAAUCUUUCCAUCUUGCUUCCACAUUGGCGUUAUAAAUAUACAUUAUGUUUCCUGACUUGUUUUAAGGUUAAAGUUACUUUUUUUUUUUCUUUCUUUUUUGUAGCAGUACUGUGCAGCCAGAGUUCGCAGGGCGCAGGAAAAUAAAGGUUCUUAAUUGAAAUGGUCAAACUGUGAGCAAACUAAUCUUUCAUGCUACAUAAUGGACUGAACCUCUGCGAAUAGAAACUGUAACCGCUGAAAGAGCAAAUGUUCUUUUUUUCUUAAAAAAAAAUAAACUCAAGUCUUUACAGAUGGAAUAAAACAGGAUAUAA